UCAAGAUCUGAAUAGAAAGCUUGCAGCGCGCAAUAAUGGCAGCACCAACAACCUCUGGCCGAAUAACUCUCUCACAAAUAAUCAACGAACUUAAUCCCGACCAUGACCCUCACACGCUCUCGCAAACAAUCAAUGAACUCAAUCGCGACCCACGACGUGACCCUUACGCGAUCAGGGAACUUCCUCAAUUUCAGCAACUUCCACUAGAGCUUCAACGACAAAUAUGGCAACUCGCUUUACCGACCCCACAACCUCUUGAAAUCAAUAUCAAAUCCGAACAGAAAAUCAAACGGGCCUUUUGGGGCGUUGGCCCCUUUCCGAUGCUCGAAACCUGCAAGCUAUCCCGUGAAAUAGCCCUCUCUGUUUUCGAACCUCGAAUACAGCUCUAUACGUCUGAAGAUAAGGUACUUUGUACUACACCGAACACUGGUCUAGAAUCUGCGAAACGUAUUCACAUAUAUACAAAAACGCGACAUAGUGAUAUCGAAAUUAGGGUAGGCUCUGAAGUAUGUUCAGUAAUUAAUUGGAUACAUAGUACAUUAGGGUUUCAGAUAAUAGAGCUUUCAGAAUUCGAAAUCACGGCCAGGUAUCUUGCUACCUGGCCGCUCGAAGAGGGCGAUAGGCUAGAUAAUGCGGUUCUGCUUCAGAGUAGACUUCCUGUAUAUGAGGGUACUAGGCGCAGUUUGCCACUAAGAUUACAGGGCAUGAGAUUCUUUACUCCAAGGAAUACUUCGAGAGACAAGCGUAAUCGCAGAUGACACUUAUACUACUUUCGCAGGUGGGCUAGGGUUAUAUAUUCGAAGGAAUCCAAAUUUUAAGCAACUAGA